AUGCACACUCUGGAAGUGUCCGUGAAGCAAGCUGUCAAGUUUCCGUCUACAUGCACCAGCGAGACAACGUUAUUGCUAAAAAAGCUCCUCUCCGCGAACUCCGCCAGCACCAAUGACCACGAUGAAGCACGCAAAAGUGCCAAGUCAACGAGACGACCAAAACAAUCAACAGGGCAAAAGGUUGCCAAAUCAGUCCAGGCCAAAACUCCUGCUAAAUAUGUUCCACUCAAAACAUCGCUUGGAACAGAGGAUGGGCUCUCGCAGAAAGAGAAGCUUGUUUUAGCCACGGACGUAUUCAAUUCCGCGUCAAAGGCACUUUCCGAUUAUGUGAAGCUCUCCUCAAAGUGUCAAGAGUCUCGAGAACCCCGGAAAAGCAGAGUUGACACUCCACAAAAGGCGUUGACUCCUAGACGGCCAUUGCAACCUGUCUCGCCGAAUUCGACCACAUGCUCUCCCGUAAAGACGAAAGUUAUAGACAAGCCUACGCCGAAAACGAGAAUUCAAAGUUGUGGGGUUGUGGAAGUUGCGAAUUGUGCUAGAUUGGCGUUGUCAUAUGUUCGAGACCAGAGGCCACCUCCCUCGGUGGAAACCCUGCAAUUCAAUAGCCAACUAGAGCAAGGUUUUUGCGUCCUGAUCGGGAAGCUUCUUGCUGUUGGUUUGAUUGAACCUGCAAUAAGCGAACUGAGAAAGCUGAAGAGGAGGAUAAAAGGAUAUAUGAUGAACGAAACAUCGAAAGGGAACCCUGAGCGCGCGACGAAACACGCCAACACCGACCAGUGGGACGAACCGUCUAAGGAAACACUAGCAGAACUUAUCCUGUUUGACAGCAUACCUUCUGAUAGACAACUCCUGAAUUUAGUCAUUUCGUUUCAGGCUCAUGUUUUAAAGGCCAUCACCACUGAAAAGAAAGUGGCCAUCGUGAAUAAGCUUUCGGAUCUACUUUUGCUGUCACAACCAAGCAGCCCUGCUAGUAUUAUUCUUACAGCUUGGAAAAAAGGUGUUUUAGAAAACAGCAAGGCGGCACAGCAGUUAUUAUCUCUUUCGCAAACUAUUUUUUCCCUCGCUUCACCGUCGCCAGAUACCGAAGAUGGAAAACGUCACCCUGCAAAACCUCCCAUUAAAUUUAAGGCUACUUUGAAUCUCCAACUACUGGCAUUGGAAAUACGAUGUGUAUGGUGGAAGGUUUGUGGACACAAGUGCGAUAUGGAGAAAGAGUUGUGGCAACCGCUAGCUCGUUAUCUCACGACAUUCUCCAAACGAUGUCCGGCCAUAACAAAAAGCGAUUUUGAGUUCGUGAAGCAAGCUUUCCUUCGUCUAGAAUCAACAGUAACGGCACAAGGAUAUAUUUUCAUGCCCUCUGCCAACAAGGUUGGUCCCGUAUCAAUAGUGAUGAAAGUUCUUGGCCAAUUAGCACAGAGUGCUGAAUGCAAACCCGACGCGCUGAAAUUUUUUGAUGACUGCAUUUCGUCUCUCACGUCUGACCAACCGCUCCUCCUUGGUAUUUGCCAUUGCAAAAUCGCUCUUUUACGAUUGGAGAUGUUGCACAUUCCGAAAAUUGGCCGCCCAUCUAAAGCUGUCUCAGCAGUGUCGGAGGCAUUGAAAUGCUUGGCGUCUCCUUUAAGGGGGAAUCAAUCUGAUCUAGAGGAGUUAGUUAUAGAAUCAGCAAAGCUUAAGAAGGCAGCGAUGGCUUUUCUGAAUACACUCGGCGAAGAUGCCCUAGACGAAAAUGAAGGCUUCUCGGGGCAAAAGACUCUAGCGCUUUACAUCAUUGAUUAUCUCCACAAUUUCGUGAGAUUUUUGACUCGUUACAUUGGACAAGCGGUCCCAACUCACUCGGAUUCUGGGAACGAUGUCAAUUGUUUAUUUUACCAACGGUUUCUGAAAUGCAAAAAUAUUGGAUUGGCAGCUGUUGAUUCGGUUGUUGCGGUGGGGAAAAUAUCAGUUGUCACCAAACGCCCGUCAUGGGCAGAUAUCCAACCUCUUUUGUCCGAUUGCAACACUCUCCUUCAAUAUUUACAUUCUGCAGAGAGUGUUGAGAGUGCAAAUGAUUAUACUGAUCUAACAUCCGCCAGUUUCGUCAAAUUAUCUAACCUGUACUGGUCCCGCUAUGUCAAACAAAAAGAACUUGGGGCAUCGUCUGCCGAUCUCAUCACCCUAUUGGAGCGGUCAACAAGUCUUCUGCGGACAUGUCCACCCGAAAACAAAGUGGGAUUUGUGGCUAUCAAAUACGAACGGCUAGCUACUAUGUACUCUGAUGUUUCUCAAUUCCAAAAUUCCCAAGCAGCGUAUCGGUCUGCUAUUCAGGCUCAUAUAAAAAGUGGUGUUUUGAAAAGCACGGCUCGGAAUGCUGCGACUCAACCACUAUCUUACAUCCUUCAGGAUCCUUCCUUUUUCUUGGGCCGGGUUUUGUCGAGCUAUACUCGGUUUUAUUGGAAACAUGGUUAUGAUCCUUGUGAAGCGGUUUUUGACGAUGCGAAUCUGGAAUCCGACGAGAGAGGAAUCUUACUUGAAUGUCAAGUUAUGGCACUUUUAGAUACAUCUUCAAGUGGAGAAACACAUUCGAGGAUAUCGCCGUUAUCCUUUUUAGUUUCGGCUUUACUUGAUCGAUAUCCACGAAAAACUUAUCCAAUAAGGCGAUUGCGAGUAGUCCUUCACACUAUCCGCUUUUGUUUACAAGUUCCUAAUCAAUUUAGGCCCGAACUUCUUGAAACGAUCCUAGCAGAAGCAAACUUAUUUUUAUCGGACCAACUCGACAUCGGGGAGGAUUCCGGCCUCUUCUUGUUCAAGGAAUCCAUGCUGACCUCUCUCCGUCUGACCUUGGGAUUCUUUCAGGGAGAGCUACCUCCUGAAAACUUGCAGGUAAUCACUCACGCUUGGGCUGCAACUGCACAAAGUUGCCGGACAUGGGAGUCUUUACUUACAAAAGUCGAUAACCCGGACGCUUUGUUCUCACAAUUGAAAGUGCUUGUCAGUUAUUUGGAAGUGCUCGGCUUAUGGAAACUUAGGAUAUCGGCGUUAUCAACACUUCGACAUCUGUUGGAGAUUCAGCAGACGAAGGACUUUCCAGAGAUGAUAUCAUGUUUGUCUCACCUUGGCCUUCAGUAUAGUCGCCUUGGUUAUCUUGACAUGGCGGGACCUAUAUUUAACUGUGGGGAGGACCUUCUCCGUCAUAUCGACGUUCCGCCUUUGGUAUUAGUUUCAUGGAAUGUUGCGCUCGCGGAAUAUCUGAUAGCUAUAGGAAAUACUGACCAAGCAAUGGACACUUUGUCAUGUGCCAAAGUCAUCUUUGAACAAAAUACUAGCUGUGCAUUGAAUUCAAGCUUUCAGACUAGACUAGCUUGGGAAAGAUUGAUAUCUGAAGCUGCCUAUAUCUCUUCUCGAAUAUAUUUCGAACUUGGAUCCGUCAACCGUGCCAUGUUUUUUGCCAGGUGUGCUGUUAAACUCAACAACAGAAUAUGGGCAAAAUUAGACAGAAUCUCGGAGAUGAAGCGAUGUAAAACCCUUGAUUCUUCCGACUCAGAUAUCGAUGAUCUCUCCAACAAGGUCAAUGGGAUCGGCUUAACAUCAGAUGGUGACGGCACACGGGAUAACUACCGUGAGGGCUCGUUGUAUUGGCCGCUUUUUACCUCACAUCACAUUGGACUUGUCAACCUGUCCAGACUUUCCGCUCACAAUGGCCUUUUUCAGGAUUGCAUCUAUUUUGGGGAGCAGGCGUUAAAAAUUUGCAAGGCUAUCGGCGCCACGUCCUCUACUUUCCUCACCCAGGCUGAACUGGGAAAUUCCUGGCUCCGCGGCGGCCACGUUCAUAAAGGCCAUGAGCUAUUAGAUAUUGCCUCGAGCGCAUCGAAUUCGCUUGAUCAAAAUCUAGAUACGGUAGCUUUUCAUAUGACUUUCUCCCUCUUUCACCGACUUCGGGGAAACCUGGAUGAGAGAAACAAAUCGCUUCAGUUGGCUCAUCAAACUUUAUUGGAUAUAUCAGGAUAUACCACAGCCGAACCAACAGACGAUCUAGCUUUGGAGCCCGAUUUUGAAGUAAAAAUGAGCCAGCUGACAAUAAAAACUACAAAACAGCGUCAAAAAGCCUCCGGUAGUCGGAAAACAAAGGCAAGAUGCGCAAAAACGCUGGAAACCCCCCCCUCCGAUUCCAGAGUCCCAACUGGUUCGACUGGCGAAACCGCACUCCAACCGCUCUCGUUUUCACAGUUCCGAGUCGAUUUGCUAAAUCAGCAGAUAGAGGAUUUGUUGUCGAGACAAGAUUUUGCGGAUGCGUCUGCCCUUCUUGAACAGGCAGAGCGGCUCCCAAAAUGCAAAACUCGCGAGAUGUCUUAUAUGAUCACCAAGGCGCAGUUCUUACUUGCCAAUUGGAUCCAACAGCUCACUACCCAUGCUGUGUACUGUGUUCUGCCAGAAUCUACAAUAUCCCUACCAAUGAUAAAUCUAACAAAUGAAGUUGUGGAAGAAAAGCCAUCUUCGACGGGCUCUCGCAGCACGAAAAGGCUAGUUCCGACAACUAGAACAAGAGUUGGGGCGUCGACUACGAAAAGUCAUGCUCGGGCUCGCCCCAAAGAUUUCGCUGACACGAUACUCACAGCAAGUAGCUUACUUCCCGCUAUUGCUUCUUCCGCCCCUGUUUACGGUUCAACCAACGACAACCACAGUAUUUCGUACAUUUCAAGCCAAAUAUGCAUGGUGUCACAUGCGACAUCCUCCAAAUUGGAAGGGUUCUCCGGCCCGUUACAGGCCGCAGUUUCGAUAGAAAACGGACGAAACUUGGCCUUCUUGAGAGAGCAUUCUUCUAUUGCAAUUGACAAAGAGCUGUGUGGCUCCGUUGAACCUUUGAAGUGGCCAGCUUUACCCAACAAUUUUGCGAAAGCCGAUGAACUCAGAUCCACUGAAUUUAUGUUAGAUUAUGUGGAUACCUUGCCAAAUACGUGGAACGUCCUUUCUUUAACAGUAAGCGAGGACCAUAAGGAGUUCAUCAUAUCCAAGUUACGCUCUGGAAAGCCACCCUUUUUGCUCCGUCUUCCAUUAAAGAGGGGAAACUUGGAGGAGAUGGAUGCGGACGACUCCGAUUUUGGAGAAGGAAAAAAAGAACUCCUAGAAAACAUUCGGCUAGCCAAUGAGAGCGCACACAACGCCCGAGCCCGUGUCGAAAAGAGUGCGAAAAGGGAAUGGUGGUCUACGCGCCAAUCGUUAGAUAAUCGCCUUAGAGACCUCCUUAGCAAUAUCGAAACUGUUUGGUUUGGCGGUUUCCGCGGCAUAUUCUCACAGUCCCCACGAAAUACUUCUCUUCUUUCCCGGUUCAUUGACUCUUUUGGGAAAAUUCUCGACAAACACCUUCCAUCAAGAAGACAACGUGGAAGAGGCCGAGUGCAUAAACCGAAUUUCCACCAGGAUGUUAUGGAAUUGUUCGUCAACAUCGGGAAUAUUGACGACUGCUCAGACGCGGAAGACCUUGUUAUGGACCUUUUGUAUUUCGUUGUCGACAUACUCCAGUUCCACGGGGAAAGGAAUGCAUAUGACGAAAUCGAUUUCGAUUUGAUGGUUGUUGAGACUCUCGAUGCGAUUCGCUGCUAUAAGGAAAAUGAGAAAAGGGAUAGGAUAUCCACUCAGUCAGGCCACACAAUACUCAUUCUCGACAAAGAGCUUCACUCCUUCCCAUGGGAGUCCCUCAAUUGUUUGCGCGGAUCCUCUGUUUCUCGAAUGCCAUCUCUACAUCAUCUGAAAGUCACGCUGUCAAACCUCCAAGCCAACAAUGAUCUUGGAGAGCGGUUUGAUGGAUUCCGCAUUGACCGAAAUCUUGGCUCAUAUAUUCUCAACCCCGGAGGGGACUUAAAAUCGACCCAAAAUACUUUUGAAAAUUCAUUGUUAAGCUUGGAUGGGUGGAGCGGGAUCACCAACCGAGAACCAAGUGAAGAUGAAUUCAAGGAAUAUCUGGAAAGCAAAGAUUUACUUCUCUACUUUGGUCAUGGAAGUGGGGCCCAAUAUAUUCGGGGCAGGACUAUCAAGCGCUUAGAUCGGUGUGCUGUCACCUUCCUCAUGGGUUGUAGCAGUGGUUCGCUGACUGAAGCGGGCGAAUUCGAGCCGUAUGGGACACCGAUCAACUAUAUGCAUGCUGGGGCACCCGCUCUUGUAGCCACUCUUUGGGAUGUUACUGAUAAGGACAUCGACCGUUUUGCGCAAUCCACAUUCGAGCAAUGGGGUCUCAUGGACAAGGUGCCAGUUGAGACCAAGCAAGCAAGCAGAACUAAAGGGUCAAAGACUAUGAAUCCUCUUCUUCCUAGACCAAUAAAGCCGUCCCAAAUGGGUGGUCCAGUAGGACUUGAUACCGCAGUUGCUAAUUCCCGAAGUGCUUGCAUUUUGCAAUAUCUUAACGGAGCAGCUCCAGUGGUGUAUGGUGUUCCGGUGUUUUUGAAAUAA